GUCGAAAGUAUGGGAAGCAAUAUAGUCCUGGACGACACACUUUCCCGACGUGGACUCGCUCCGUUGCCUCGGAGUUGACCGCAAUAUCGAUCGGCGAAAUUGAGGCUCUCAUCCGAGACGUCCUAUACGCAGAAUGGGUGAAAUUGAGUUAGUUAUAUAGCUUACAAUGUCUCGAUGCCAUGAUUCUGAUACUGGUAUGUAUUUCCGAUUCUGGUCACGAAGCCUACUCUCUACCAGCUCACCAUCAUGUUGCCUCAAUUCUCUCUUCUAUUGGCCUUGUGCCCCCUUAUGGCGCUGGCGGCUCCCUCAACUCCUGAACUUGACAAGAGAGCAAUCACAUGUUUGAAGGUCGGCGCAACGGCAACGGCAAAAUGGACCAACAGUGCUGGUAAAUCAUGCACAUUCGCCGGUGUAGUCGGAAGCAACUACGGCACCAACCUCGCCGGGUCUGGAGAUUACUCCUGUAAUGGCCGCUGCGGUGCGGGAUGCACUGGAACAGCCGUUGGCAACGUCUACACACAAGAUUGCUUCUCUCACGAUAUUUGCUCAUACUUCAAUAGCGCCAGUGGCGGUGCUAGUGACCCCAAUUGUGGCGCCGCGUAUAAUGCUGCUGUCGACGAUACUGCCUUAGGUGCCCUUAAUGGCUGUGGACAAACAAACCCUUCAAACGCGGUAUCAAAGCCUUCGACGCAACCUGUCUGCAGUUGAAAUUUCAAAUGAAAGAAGCGGGGGGGUUGAAACGGGUAAAGUUACGGGAUGAAGCUUACAGCCAGUCCUUAUACUUCAUGGCACAGG